UCCCAGGAAAAGACAUAGCAAAAGCAGCUUUGACAUGGAUUUAUACUUAGAAGAGCAGCUGCAGGCUUACUGGGAAGGAGUUCUCAAUAUCGGCUCUUGGAUUAUUAGCAGAAAAACCCAGCUUGAUUCUGGAAAGGAAGGAAAUAUGAUAAAUAAUUCUUCUCAUCAUGAUCUGCAAGUGAAUUCCAAGGAUUCUCUACUUUGGAACAACCACCAAUAGACAGAAAGCUUAAAAAGAUGGAGCUUGGAAAGGCAAAGCUGCUGAGAACCGGCCUCAAUGCUCUAUAUCAGGCCAUCCACCCUGUGCAUGGAAUUGCCUGGACAGAUGGGAAGCAAGUGAUACUGACUGCAUUAUACUAUCACAACAGAGAGCUAAAGUUUGGAGAUUCCAGUGUUGUUGGUCAGUUCGAACAUGUUCAUGGACUUUAUUGGGGCCCAUGUUGCUCUACAGACACCCCAGCUCUGCUUGCUGUUCAGCAUAAAAAGCAUGUUAGCAUCUGGCAGCUGGCUUACAGCACUGCAGAGAAGCACAAACCUUUGAUUUCUCAGACUUGUGAAGUUGGUGAGCCAUUGCCACUGCUUUCUCAGGGCUGUGUCUGGCAUCCAAAGAAGGAAGUCUUGGCUGUGCUUACAAAAAGAGAUGCUUCAGUCUUGUAUGCUGUUCGUACUGACAAUACUAGAGUGAAGGCAGAUAUCAAAAGCAGUGGUCUUAUCCACUGUGCUUGCUGGACUAAGGAUGGUAAUCGUUUAGUAGUUGCUAUAGGCAGUGCCCUGCAUUCCUACAUCUGGGAUGAUGCUCAGAAAACUCUAAGUAACUGCUCCUUUUGCCCAGUCUUUGAUGUGGGAGGUUAUAUCUGUGCUAUAGAAGCCACACUGGAUUUCCAAAUUGCUGUAGCUACUGAGCUUCCUUUAGAUAACAUCUGUGGUUUGAAUGCAGGCCUUGCAUUUGAUAUGCCAUCUGGUGCAGAAACUGGUUCUAUAAUCUCACAGUCUGCUCUCGUGUUUGGCGAUGAGGAAUACUCCAUGGAUCUGCGAAGAAAGUCCACAGAUUCAGACAGAUCUGGUGCUGAUUCAAUUGCUUCUUCUUCAUCAGGUCCUGUGGAUUUAACCCAUAUCCUUGCAAACCACCGUCGGUCUGAUCCCGGUCCUCUCAUUCCUGUGAAACGCAAAGACUCUGCAGCAACAAAUGGCCAAGAUUCUUCUCACUUGAUCUUGGUCACUUUUGAGAGGAAGGUAACCACCACCAGAAAAGUCACAAUCCCAGGUAUUCUGGUUCCUGAUAUAAUGGCAUUUGACCUUAGAGCUCAGAUUGUGGCAGUGGCCUCUAAUACUUCUAACAUUGUUUUGGUGUAUUCAGUAACCUCUUCCUGCAUGCCUCAUAUUCAGCAAAUCCGUCUGGAGAAAAAUGAGAGACCAAAGGGCCUCUGCUUUUUGACAGAUAAACUCUUGUUAAUGCUGAUUGGCAAGCAAAAGUUCUCUGAGACAAGUCUCAUUCCAUCUUCAAGUUCAGACAGGUAUGUAAUGCGUUUGAUGAUCAAAGAAUUGAUGGUUGAUGAAGAUCCUUCAGCAUUCCCUGAGACUAAGCAGAAUAUGCUUUAUAACUUUGAAUCCUCUGUUAAUAUACCCGGAAAAAGGAAAUUCUUUGAAAAUCUUGCUACAGAAGACCAGCCUCAAAGCAGGGAGCUGUUAAUACCGAGAAGCACCAUUAUUCAGUCUCCUAGUGGCAGGAGAAGACUCAUUGAAGAAGUAAAGAGCCCUAGUUAUGAACAGAGCUCUUCAUCAAGUGUGAGUGACCUGGAUGAAAAAAGGCUUCCGGGUGACCCCUUGGUGGCCUUGGAAACAUUGGAUGCUGAACCUACCAACCGUUCAGUGUCUCUUCUUGGUUUUGGAACACCUUCCAGGCUUUCCAGCAGACCAGCUUCUCCUAAAGUCCAGUUCAAUGUGAUCCAAGAAACAUCAAGUUCUCCUAAAACCAACAAUUUGCCAAGAGAAAGAGGAAUGAGUCACAUAUCUAGAAAUUUAGAGAGACUUUGUGGCAGCUUCAAUGAGUUACAACUGAGUCUUUCUGAAAUAACAGACUUUGCUAAAAAUGGGAGGAGGAUAUCUUUAGCCUAUCCAUGUUCACAGGAACCGCCUGUUGUUCAUAUCACUUACCAGAAAAGUUUUUCAAAUGGAGCAGUUACAGAAGAAACAAAAGAUGUUCUCCUCUGUGAUGGCAAGAUCCACUUGAAUUUAGUCCAGCAGCUGUUUGAUCUGCCCGUCAUUGAAAUGAAACACGGCUCUUCCUGGAUUGUGCUCACUGCAGACAAGGAUGGCUUUGUGCCGUUAAUAUUCAAAGCAACACAAGAGAUAGUCAUAAGGGAUGGAACUGACAGUUCAGAAGUCUGUGGAGGUCACUCCCACAAGAAAAGCAUUUCGCCACGACCACCAAGCAGGGUGACAUAAUUGCUGAGCAAAGACACUGAUGACCUUCUUUUCUAAUACAAUACAGACAUGUUCUGCAGUGUCAGAAACUGAGUGACUAGAAAGAUGUCUUCACUACUUUCAAUAUAUUUAAACUGUGAGGUAUGUGCAUGGUUACACUAUUGCUAAAUCCUAGAGUUGGUUUGCCCCUCAUGAUUUCUUCUGAAGGGUGAGACCUAGUACAGCUACUGAUACUAAUGGCUGCCAGCGGACUAGAGCGGAGAGAUUAACCUCUACUUUGUGGUCUACAGUCCACACAAGGCUGAAGAAAAUACAGAGCAUUAAGAAAAAAAUGGGAUGGAAAAAAAAGGAAAGUGCUUCAGGCUCUCUUUGCUGUUCCAGCUGGAUCUCCUGGAAACCUGCAGCGUUUUCAGAAAUGCUUAAUUUUUACAUGAAAAUGUUCCAUCACUAGAAGGGUUGCAUCACUGCCUCCUGUCAGUGUCUUCUUACAUAGCAUGUAUAUUUACACA